AAAUAACGGCAACAUCGCUAUUUGGCGUCCAUCUUUACUAUUUGAUGUGUUGUGUUUUAUAUCAAAAUUGUUAUAAAUAAUAUACUGUAACUUCUAAGAGAAAUUCUAAUAGAAAAAUAUAUUCAGAGGUUUUAUCUGGAGGUUAUUUUGAUAAAUGUCAACCUGCAAAUGAAAUGUGGUAAUGGAUAGGCUGAAUCAGUUGCGCGGUGCGGCGGGGGGCUCCGGCGACUCCACGCUCGACACCACGUCGCCGCCCAGCGAAGCCUUCAUUACCGCCAACGAGAGCUCCUCCAAAUACUUUUCUCUCUCAGAAGUUGACUCGACGUUCGAUAUAUCGCCGAUAAAGGACGUGUCGUUGGCGUCCGCCAGCGGCGACCCCGAGAGGACCAUCACUGACGCGGACGAGUUGAUAUCAGAACUGUCGCCCAUCACUAAGAAAAAUGAUAGAUUAGAUAGCUACAAAAUUGGUAAACAAAUAGAGGCAGCAAACAUUCUGUCGGGCGGUGUGGAUAUAUUUGAUGACAAUGAUAAUUCAUAUGAUGGUGAUGAGCUUGUUAUUGAUGACAAUGUAGAGCUUGACAAUAAGUCCAGCCCCGAAUUAAAGCAGAUUGAGCCAACUGAUAAUAUAACAGAACCAACUGUGAUGGAUGUGGAGACAGACAUAGCUAGUAAAGAUACAGAAGUGGUGCUACAGAUUGAUGGUAAAAAUGUUGACGCUAUAGAUAUUGGUAAUGGAUUAUAUUUAUACAGAAAAGAGGGUCAAGAGGAACUGGCAGCCGUUCAGAUCAUUGAUGACGACCAACAACAGCCCAGUUUCAAGUUUCUCAAAGUGCGAGAGAACACUGAGGGAAAUCUAGAAGUGUAUGAAGAGAUAGAGAUAGAAGUACCAAAAGAAGUGCCUGUAAAAGAAGGGAAAUCAAUUGAUAAGAACACAUCACAUGUGCCUAUCAAAGAUAUAAAUAAAGUUAUAAAUGAACCAUCAAGCAACAAAGUUGCUGAUAGAAUAAAUAAAACUCCACAAAAAGAGAUUGUAUUGACUGCAAGCGAAGUGGAAAGUGAAGUCAAAGAUGUAUCUGAUUCCAAAUCAGAAGUUAACUUGAAUGGGAAAAUGAUGAAAUUCAGUGAAUCACGCAAAUCUCCUGUUAUUGGCUCUUUCACACCUAUGACAUAUCACUCAACACCUAACAAAGAGGGCAUACCACUUACAAAAACUAUGGUGGACAUGCAGUUACAACCAAGCAGACAUUCAGAUAAUAUAAAGAAAACUAUUGAAGUUCACACUGAUAGUGGCAAACAGAAACACAAUGAAACGCCUAGUAAAAUUAAAGAUUCCAGUGAAGAUAUUAAGGAAAUUGAUAUAUCUAUUAUUGAUAAAGAAGAAACCACUUUAGAAGAUAGGGAGCCACAACAUAAGGAAGGUGAGACAACAGAGCUUGAGCCUGACAAGACUGAUAUGAUUAUGGAACAAGUUGACAAAAGCAAUGGCGCUAUUCCAAAUGAAAAACAAGAAACCAAUCAAAUUAAAACACCAGAAUGUGUUGUGGAAAGUGCUGACAUUAUUAUUGAUAAUGAAACUGAAGAAGAUAACUUAGUUCUUGUAACAGAUGAUUUACCUGAAGAUAAAGGAUUAACCCUUGAUUGUAAUAAUACAUUUGAAGAAAACAAUGUAAAAAAAUUGUUGAAUUUGCCAGAGCCUAAACUUAGUAUUGAAGAAAAAAAUAUACAAGAAAACAAAGAGCUAAAUGUUGAGGCACCUGACUCAUCGAAAAUUAUAUCUCAUGAGAAAAAUGAAAUAGAAGAUAAUAAAAAGUUGACUGAUAUCCAAGAAAACAGUGGAUUUGCACCAAUGACAUCAAGUUUGUCAAAAACCGAGGAAGCACAGGCUACAUCACUUACAACCACUAAAAUAAUGUCUGAGAAAUGUGAUGCUCAACAAGAAAUAAAAGAUGACAUUAUAGUAAAUAUUAUUAAAGAAAAUAAAGAGGAAGCUAAAGUUGCGAAAACUUCGACAGUGGUACCAGAUCGCCCUAUUGAUACAACAGAAAAUUUUAAUAGUAAUACGGAGAAAGCUUGUGUGGAAGAACAGCCUCAAAUGGUAUCUGAUAAAGAGCAGAUUAACCCUAAAAUGGCCGAACAGUUAGGCAGUUUAAAAGAAAAGAAUGUUAGUGAUGUUACGGAAGUCAAUGAUGGAAAAUGUAUAAAAAAUGAAAAGGUGGCUACUGAAGAUAUUAAAAAGGAAAUCAAUGAUAAAAUACAAGAGGAAAAUUCGACUACUACCAAAGCAGAAAAACAGGAAAUUACGGCAGUAGAAAUAAUAAAUAAAGUUGAUAUUGUAGUGAACAAAUCCCUGGUAUGUGAGAAAAGUGUGGAAAACCAGUUAAUGAGCACAGAGGAUGUUAAACCCACGACCACAUAUGAUGAUAAAAAUAAAUUUAAAAAUGAUAAAAAUAAAUUAAAAGAUGUUGAUUCUGAAGUCAAAGAUGUUAAAGAAACACGAAUUACAAUAUCUCAAGAAAAACAUACUGAUACAGUUCCAGAUAUAAAACAACUUAACUUAAACAUACCUAAAGAAGUACAAGUCAAUAAACAGAAUGAAAUAAAUCAAAAUUCAAAAGCUGUUAUAGAAAAGCUAAUAACUAGUAAAGCAGAGGAUAGUCAAGAAGCAAGUCGUUCAAAUAUUUUUUUACAAAGAAAUGUGGCUAUAGACACGACAAAAGAAAUGAAGGUGCCUUUGGAGGCUGACAGUAAACAAACUGUUGCUAAUAAUAAUGCUGAGAUGAAAUUAAAAACGGAGAAUACUAGUAAUAGCAGCAAGAUUGUGCCAACUGCUCCCAAGACAAAUAUAACUCUUAAUAAAACUACCGCAUCAUCUAAUGUAAAAAAUGAAACAUCUGACGGCAAAAAGGGAAUUUCUAAAGUAAGCCCCCAUGUAGAUACAAAACCUACUAAUAAUAAUAAUUCUGCUGUCCCAUUUGGUAAAUGGACAGAGGCUAAUAGACAAGAGUUUUUAAACAAAAUAAAAGAAGCCAAAGUACCCGUAAAUGUUUCAAACAGUAAACCAAUAAAAAAUUCGAAUGAUUUAAAUCGACGUGAUGUCUUAAAGAAAAUUGAUAGUCAAAGACAGUCUAAUAAUGCUGCAUCAAAAGCCCAAGAGUCCACGAAAAUUAAUAUUAAAAAUGAGAAUGUGUUUACUAACAAACAUAUAACUGUUGCUCAAGAACCUGUAAUGCACAACGUUAGCCUAGAUAGUAAAAUUCCUGUAAAAGUAGAUUCAACAGAAUCAAAAAAUAAAGAUGUUACUAAAAAAGUUGCCAGGCAAGAAAUUGUCAGUAAACCUCCAGUUGUGCCAAUAGUGACUCCAGUUGUGACACCAAGCACUGUUACAGCUGCUAAAAAAGAAGUAGUGCAAAGGAAAGCACUUAAUGCUCAAGACUUGAUAGAUAAAACCGUAGAAGGUAUGAUAAAUAAAGUAUAUCCAAUCAAACUUCAUGCAGUUGAGGGUAAAUCUACUUCGGCUAAAGAUUCUAAUGUACAACGAAAUGCCGAUGCAUUUACUAGUCAACCUAGUGCUGUCUCACCCACAACUUUAUAUGCGAUUGAAAUGAAAAUGAAUGAGUUGCACGGAAUCCCAUUUAUAGAGAGACCGCCACACGAGUUACCUCGACCACACAACCCGCCUUUUAAAAAUUACAACAAGGGGGAUAAGGAAAAACCCAUAGAAAACAAAGGAACAAAAAUACCGAAUCUCUUACCAUUUUCCAGUAAGAAUCCACCUAAAGUGAAAGAAAGUUCAGUAGAUGUUGAUUCGGAAGAAGAAAUAUUAGAACAUGAGCCCGUCACGGGUGAUACAGAAAUGGCUAAGAAAGUUAUUCCGUCUAAUCUUGCUCUUAAAGAAAAAAUAGGGACUGUCGACUCUGAUUCUAAAAUUAAUGUUGAACCUCCUAAAAAAGAAACCAUUAUAACAGAAAAUGAUUUUGAUAAAUUUGCGAGACGAAAUUCGGUAACGUACGAAAACUGUAUUACUAUGAAUUUUGACGGGAAAGAGCAGCACAAUGUUAUUCAAACGGUAGUGGAAAAGGAUAUUGUAAAAACCAAUCUCAAAAAUGAACUGUCGGGUGUCGAAACUACCCCAAAACUGGCUCCAAAAACACAAACUGUACGCCAGAAUACAAAUACAAGUAAACUUCAGUUGGCGCCAAAAGUAGUCUCCUCCAAUGAUGACCCUUCCAAUAAGAAUUAUCAGUCUAAACUACAAAUAGCUUAUCAGUCAGCAUUAACUGCGAAACGCCAUUUAGAGGGUCCAAUAACAGUGAUUGAAGAUAAACCUGUCAAAGUAGUUUAUGUGGAUGCGAAUCCAGAAUUUAUAGCAAGCAAGUUGAAUGUGCAGGGUCAAAACUUGUCUCCUGCUAAGAAAAAUGUUCUAGAAUUAGAUUCCGUAAACACUAGCGAUUCAUUAGACAAUGAAAUGGUCGACACAAUUGAUGACAAAUUACAGGAUGAUUCAAAGCCUAAAACCAAACAUCAGAGAAAACAAGUUUUAACUCCAGUAGAGGCCCCGGAAUUAGAACUGAUUGAGCCAGGAGAUUUAGGAAUUGAAGUUUCCCCCAAAAAGAAAAGAAAAACGGAAGACGCUCGUACUGACAAAGCCGCGAAAAAUGUAAUUCAUAAAAAGUCAUACUUACUUGGCCGCACUCCAAUUGUAGAAGAUAAGGUGCCUAAACAACCAGAAGUCCUGAAAAAUCCUGUAAAGGAGCCUAUAUACCGAAAUGACAAUAUAGGAAGUAAAGAUACCGUCACGGCAUUAGAUAAUUUAGUCAAAGCUGCUGAGCUUUUAGAAAAUCAAUCUGAAUCCAUGAAUACAAGUAUCGAUACAAAUACCGAAAGCCAGCCUAGUACACCUGUUAAAAGGGGAAGAGGUCGGCCAAGAAAAUACCCUCUACCCGAAGGUGCUGUAGAGAAGGUUAAAGUCCCCACCCCUCAAAAGAAACCCCGACUGAUUGAUGCUAAACUAACCAAACGUGAUACGACGACAGAAGAAGAAGAGACUUCUGAUGAAGAAAUUGUCAAAGAGAAUUGGACAAUGGGAAAAAUAAAUGAAAACAUUGUGUGCCCUAUAUGCAAUAAAUUAUUUAGAUCUGAAAAUGUAGUUUUCAAACAUGUGAAACACUGCACUGGACCAUCGCCGAACCGUUCUGAUGCAGAAAAAAGGAGCGUAAGGCGGGUCAGACAAUCACAGGAGUCUGACUCGAAGUCAGAAGACAUGGAUAUUGAUGACGAAAUAUCAAAAGACAUAAAGAAAUACACCCCAAAGAAACGAAGAUCCAAAGAUUCUAGUAUCAAAUCUGAUACUGAUAAAGAAGAUAUUAUUGUUAUCGAAGACACGCCUGUCAAAGAUAAAUCCGAAAAAGAAGAUGAUAGAAAACAUCACGAGUCUAGAAAAUUAUCAAAGACUAAAAUUCACAAUAGAAUCGUAAACAAUCUUGUGUGUGAAUUCUGUGGGAAAACUUUCAGGCAACUGUCUUAUUUAGCAAAUCAUAAAUUACAGCAUAAGAAAGAAGAUGCUAAGAAAACGGAAAAAAAUAGCCAACCGUCGAAAUCCGUUCUCAGUUGUGAAGUUUGUAAGAAAGAAUUUAGAAAACUGCAUCAUCUGGCGCAACAUCGAUCCAUCCAUAAUGUGCCAACAGUUUCAUCGAGGCUAUCGAGGAAAAGUUCAUCGGAACAAGAGGAAACUAAAUCUGAAAAAGAGGAAAAUUCAAAACAAAAUGAUGAUCCGAGCGCGGGCUUUAGAUGUGAGCCAUGUGACAAAUCAUUUAGAAAGCUGCAUCACUUAGUUGAACACAGGGAGACCCAUGAUGGAAUCAACCGACAGAAGAUUGCUACUACUGUACCGACGGUGGUUGAAAAAAUAACACCGCCACCUCAGUGUGAUAUAUGUAAGAAAACUUUCAGGAAGUUACAUCAUUUAAUAGAGCAUAAAGAGCAACAUCUUGAAACAAGCUCCGAAAAAUCAGAUGACAAAAGUGUGAAGAGUUCAUUGUCCACAAAGGACAUUAUACACGAAUGUCCACUCUGUUAUAUGGUAUUCCCUAAUGAGCAUUCUCUGAAUAAACAUCAUAUUAUUUGUCAAAGAAAAAAGCGGCAAUCAAAACAGCCGAAACCUAUAUUGGAAGACGGCGAGACACUUGAUAUGGACGAAACUGCAAAGUCAGAAGAGAGUAAAUUUGAAGAUAAUGAUGAACCUGAAAUAAUUUCUGAGGAAGUAAAAGUUAUUAAUCUGGACAAAGAUGAUGAGAAAGAGAAAGUAGAUGCGCCAUUACCAGCAGAAAACAUAAAUAUAAUAGAAAUUAUUGAAAAUCCGCCCCCGGCGGAAGUAAAAGAGAUUGCCGUCAAAGACCAAGAAAUACCAGAAGAGGAGGAAGAAAUUAAGAACCCUACUCCUAAAUACACAACCACUAAAGUUGAAGUGCCUUCUGAAAUUAUAGAAGUCAAAAUGAAAAGUGAGGAAAAGGAAAGUCAAAAGGAAGUGGAAAAAGUCCAAGAUGUGCCUAAAAAGAAAACGCCUGCCAAAAGCAAGGUUAUAGCAACUGCUAUAAAGCGACAAAAGCUUAGUACUCCAGCCCCAACAGAAACAGACAAAUCUCCAAUGGAAACGAGCGACGACGACGAAGUUCGUUACAUGCUCAACCCUAAUUUCAAAGCUGACGACACUUCAGAAGGCAAGGUAUUUAUGAAGGUUCGUGCUAAGAAACGGAAUUCUCUUCAGAUCGAACGACCGAACUCUAAGGAUUUAAUCAAAAGAAGAACUUCACUACAGCAUCCACCUAAAAUACCACGUCUAAAGCCAAAACCUAUUGAACCGAAAGUGACAACAUCGGUUAUGAGAAAUCCUGCAAAGCCUCCUAAACUAGAGCCAGUGCCUUCGACAGACUCGGACGAUAGCGACGUCAAAUACUCUUUCCCCAAACAAACACCAGAGAGGACAACACUAAGAGAACGUUCAUCCAGAGAGCUCGAGAGGAAGCCGCAAAGAAAAUCUUUGACGGAAAAAAGAAAAACAUUAAGUGGUAUCGCCAAGCGGAAAUCCUUGGGGAAGUCUGCUGGAAUCCGACACAAGGAAGCUGCCUCGCCGCCUAAACCAGUCAAAAGACGUACAACGGAAGUGGGCCAUCGGUGCGACUGUGGGCAGUUAUUCAGCAGCGCGGCGCUGCUGUCGCGCCACACCAGCCUGGCGCACACACCGCCGCGGAUACGCAAGAGGAGGUCUCCGCCGCCCGACGUCGCCAAGCCCGCCAUCAAACCGCCGCCCAAAAAUAUCGACAAGCCCAAACAGACUGUCGGCUCGCGAAAGUCCAGCGUCAGAAGUGACACCAGCACUUCAAACACUAAGUCAACCGUCACAACAAGGAAGUCGAGCGUUAAAACCGAUGCCAAAACACCAACAGACACUCGCAAAUCGAUUAAGCCUGUCGAAAAGGUUGAACCUAAAACAUCAAACGCCCCGAAUGCGAAAGGUAGGAGGAGUAUCGCCACCAGGACGACCGCCAUACCGGACAAGGGGAAGAAACCAAUGCAGAAAUCAAAAAUAUGAAAAGGCAAAGCCCUUGGUUGAGAAGGACCAAGGCCGUCAACACGUUUGGACUGAUUUCCUGGCAUGAAGUAAACGUAGCGUAAGCCGCUAGCUAUAGAUGAUAUCGCGCAUCACACGCUCAUGAUAACGCAACAGACGGACCAUUGUAUCAUAGAAAUAUUUUUACAAUUUUGGUAAAUUUAUGGCGUCGGAUGAUAAAGAAAUAUUUUUGUGGAGCGAGUCGGUAAGGCGUUGAUCUUGUCUAUAUGUAAAUGGGAAUUAAUGUUAUAAGUAUAUUUUGUCAAUUUGUUCUAGAUUAUAGGUUUAUAUGUAUGUGUAAGAGCGAUAUUUAUGUUAACAUUAGAGUUAGGUGCAUGUUUAUGUUCGGUAACAUCUUAUAGAUUGUUUAGCACAGUGCAAUUCAUUUAAAUCAUAAAUAAAUAUAUUAUGAAAUCACCAUUAUGAUAGCAAUAAAUGCAUAAAUACUUCUGUUACGGUUUUAGAUCGUUACCUUUAAGAUGAUAGUCGCAAAAUGUCUAUUUUUAAACGUUUCCAUGAUAUAAAUGUUAGAAUGUUACUUUUGUGAUUGUAGGUAAUCGUCAAAGUAAUUUUAUGAGCUUAACAUAAUGAAAUGUUGUUGAUUUAUGUAAUUAAACAAAUGUAAUAUAGAACAUAUAUAUGAAUUCACGAGCUUCCCCUGUGUACAUACAAUGUUCGUUUACGGCUUAUAGGACAGAUUCAUCUUUAACAUAAGGGAAUAAAUACUAUAAUAAAAAAAAAAUGAGCUGGUCAGUUAUUUCUGAUCGGUGUUGUUUAUAAAUAUAUAUUAUAAAUAAUUAAAACAGAAUUUGGAUAAAUUUAUUAUAAUACAGUAGAAUAAUAUUACAUAACUCACGACUGAGCACGGGCGUACAAAUGAGGGCCGAGGAGACGAUAUCAAAAUUUAUAUCAGAUAAAGUUUCGACAAUACACGGAAGCCUUUUUGUAUUAAAUUAUACGAAUUUCGUUGUAAAGAUUUAUAUAUAAUUAAUAUAUUUUUGUUUGGGGAUAGAAUGAAAAGAAAUAGCUAUCGCUCCGUCGCUUUCAUUGCAAGGAUUGCCCCCGUGAUCAUUUUGAACAGUUUUUCCGUGCUAGCCCCUAGUUACGGAUGCUAAAUUGUUAGGAGUACUUUAUUUGAUACACCAAAUGUAAUUUAUAUGGAAUCAAUUUAAUAAAGGUGCGGUACACCGCCCAUGGUAAUGGGUGGUAACAUAGUCUUGCGAGUAACAUACAAUGCUACUCAAGUUAUAGUGAACUAGGACCAAAAUAUAUCAAUUUUCUCUGUUUGUAAUAAUAUAUUAUGUUGUUUUUAAUUUUAAAUAAUGUUUAUCUUACUCGUGACUAACAAUUGUAAUUAAUUUCUAAACAAAAAAUAAAGUAGACCGUCUCGUGAGAUUUAUGUUUUAGAAGCAUUUAACAUAUUACAUUUUAUAUAUAAUGUAGAUGAUAUCAUUAUUUUUAAUAUGAAAAUGCAAUUUUUAAAAGGGUUAUUAUAAAUAAAUUGUCUAAAAGUUGGCCCGUUGCUUUCUUUAAUCCUCCUUUAAGAAGACUUUUUGCAAUAAAUAAUUGUUCCAUACAUUCUAUAAUACAAUAAUUCUCCGAUGUAUUCAUUCGUGCGAGUCAUGAAAUGGCUUUCGCUGGUAAAAUAUCUACAUCUUGAUAGUCUGUUCAAAUCAUUUUACUAUAGAUAUUUAUUUCAGAUUCCAUUCUACCGUCAUUGUACUCUCAUCUGCCAGAAUUUAGAAAAACAUUUCUUUCAUUACUUUUAUAUUGAACGACAAUUAGUGAGCUAAUCUAUCGAGAUCUGACUUGUCCAUUAUUUCCUUUGCUUUAAACAAAUCUUGUGAAUUACCAAGUCUCCUCUCUUAGAUCAACGAGUUAUUGACCCAAGUCUUCUUUAUUACAUUUGAUUAUGAACUAAUAAGGAUUACAAACUAAAUAUCUGCAGAUUCAUUGAAUUAACUACUGUCGAGUUAUGAUUUCUACCUAUGAGAAAAUGUCAAGUGGUUGGAAAGCAUUUGCACAAAUAAGUUUUAGACAAUUUGUUAUAAUCAGGUUUACUUAUUUCAUUUUUAUUCAAUUUGUUAAAUAUGUAUUCGAAUAAACUCGCGACAUUUUAAUGUUUUACUCAGGUUUUGUUCAAGCUUCGAUAUAGAUGUGCUAUGAAUAAAGAAAAUUCAAAUUCA